GACGCCAGGAUACGGCUGGUCCAGGUGUUUAAAUAUUUAGCGACGCUGUACAGUUGCGGUAUUAUUAAUUAAUGUUGCUGUAGACAGAUGUUAUGCUUUUCGUGUUGAUUCAUGCUCGUAUGUUCUGAAGCAAUCCUUAAACCACAGCGCCCGGACUCGGUCACUUGUCUACCGUCGGCCAUAAGAUGAAGUUACAAAUUCCGCUUGGACGCAGCCAGAGUCCUGCUGAGGUGCACAGUGAAAAGAGUGCGAACGAGGCGACCGUGGAAGUUUCCUAUGAUUCGCCAGCGAGCGCCACCGCCGCCGUCUCCGCGACUGGCGAUGACUUUGAGCUGUGGGACCAGAGCAAGGCGUUGCGUUCGGAGUAUCGCGACAACCGGUGGGCCCAGAAUGGUUGGUCGUCCUGUAUACCGAUCUCGGUUAUCUUGCUGCUGAUUGUGCUCGUUGUGUUGCUACCGUUGAUGGACGGUCACGGUGAACGUACGGCCGGGGGUGGUGGUGUUUUGGCGGUAGUGGGUGAGGAUACGAUGGCCGGUGGUCGAAUGAGGGGCCGACAGUGCCCGGAUCGAUGCCGGAUCGAGCUGGUAGAAAGCAUACCGGAAGGAUUAGCGUACCCGCCCGAUAGUCCCGCAUUCCGGUCGACGUACGAGGCGUGGUCCGAGCUGUUAUCGCUGGCCACCGCCACCGUGGACAUCGGCUCCUUCUACUGGACCCUGAAGGGGGCGGACGUCUUUAACCAUUCGUCGGCACGGGAAGGCGAGGACAUCUUCCGCCAGCUGCUAAAGGCUGGGACGACACGGCGGCUGCAGGUGCGCAUUGCCCAGAGCACACCGACCUCGGCAUCCCCGAACCUCGACACGGAAAUAUUGGCGCGCCAGGGUGCUGCGACCGUACGUUCCGUUGACUUCCAGCGUCUGCUCGGGGGCGGUGUGUUGCACACGAAGCUGUGGAUUGUGGACGACGCACACUUUUACGUCGGCAGCGCCAACAUGGACUGGCGCUCGUUGACGCAGGUCAAGGAGCUCGGUGUGCUCGGUAUCAACUGUUCCUGUUUGGUGAAGGACGUGGCGAAAAUCUUCCACGUUUACUGGGAAAUGGGUUUGCCCGGGGCGAAGUUGCCACCGAAAUGGCCGGCGGAGUAUGCGGCAGAUUUCAACGACACCACCCCGGCGCUGGUGCAGUACAACGAUGCGUACACCUUGCGUACCUAUUUCUCGAGCUCUCCACCGCCGAUGUCACCAGCAGCACGGACGGAUGAUUGUGAUGCGAUCUUAAAGACGAUCAUGGGCGCGAAUCGGUUCGUGCACGUCUCCGUGAUGGACUAUUUUCCGCUGACACUCUACACGCGCACAACACAGUACUGGCCAGUGAUAGACGAUGCGUUGCGGAAGGCAGCUAUCGAGCGCAAGAUCUCCAUUCGACUGCUGAUAUCACUGUGGGAUCACUCGCGGCCCUCGGAGGAUUACUUUCUACACUCGCUCGAGGCAUUAUCCAACUCGCUCACCGGUGUUGACAUCCAGAUCCGGCGCUUCAUCGUGCCGGCAACCGACGAUCAGCGGAAGAUCCCGUACGGCCGUGUCAAUCACAACAAGUACAUGGUCACGGAUAACACUGCGUACAUUGGCACGUCCAACUGGUCCGGCGACUACUUCAUUGACACGGCCGGCGUUGGGUUAGUUAUGUCAUCGUUCGAUACAAAUGGUACCAUCAUUGGCGAGUUGCAGGCACUGUUCGCGCGAGAUUGGAACAGUAAAUAUGCCGUACCAUUGAGCUGAGCAGUCGAGGAAGCAGCGUGAAAGGGGGAGGGGGGGGUGGGUUUGUUUUGAAUUGUUUGGUUGUUUUGGAACUGGCAAUGAAGGAGGGAAUGAGGUGCCUUAACGUGCGGUGAGUGCACUAAACUGUGCUUUAAUUAUAUCAUAGUAAUACGAUCGGUACCAGCUACCAGGCGAUAACUAUUGCUCCUCUUUAUUUUCAUUACAUUGCUGUUUUUAUAUCGUGGCGAGUCGAGUGGAAAAUCCCUCAUAUUUUGCGGAAGAGUUUACAGAAUCAACCACUGUAUUUCGCUCUACUACUUCCAUACUCUUCCUAGCGUACCGUAUGCUAAUUCGCAGUUGUAUGCGUAUGCAAUGGAAGCAGAUCUUGGGCAGAGUUUGUGAUACUCCAAAUGUAAUCUUAAACACCGUAAUCCCCUAAAUGAAUUUGUUAAAGUAGAACCAUAAGCUUUAGCUCCAUUGCAGCGAAAUGCAACAAAAUCAAAAUAUGUAGUAUAAAACAAAUAGCAAUGAAAAACAGAACGUUAGAAUUAUAUUCAACUAUAUUUGCUCAAAGUAAGCGUUCCUAAAACGCGCCAUUUUUACUAUGCGAAUGCAAAAUUGUCUUUCCUCCCGUUUCGACAAUGCACGCUCCAUGCCAUUUAGAUUCUUUUCCUAUUGAAUUUAAGUACCGUCUAGGCCAUUUUUAUGUUUGUAAAAGACGAACGUAUAACUUUUUUCUAAAAAGAAGAUGAAAAUGUUUAUGCCACCGAUAGGUUACAAAAGAAAAAAAGAUGCCGGCAAAUUAAGUUAUCAUUUUGAUUUUAUAUGCUUUUGAUAUGAGUUUGAUAUGAUUUUGUUCCACAAUCAUUCUGGCCUUAAACAACUUCAAAGGCAAAAGUCUUAGGUAAGCAGCGCAAUCACACCGCAGCGCAGCCGAAGCCAACCAGUGUUGAUUGGCAUUGGCUUGAAUGUUUUGAAGUGAGCCAUUGUCUUCUUAUCCCGUACCGCACAAAUAGCGCAUAUAGAUAUGUAUGGAGUAUGAAUGGUAGGCAUUGCGUAACGAAAGUUUAAAGAAACUAUGACAAGUUCGCAAAAAGGUUUUAAAUAAUAAACCAAAGUUUAUUUCUGUGUCCCAGGCGACGUUGUUUGCUAGCAUCCAAAACGAUUGAAAUACACUGUUUGAGUAAAA